GAAGUGGAGAGAGACCAGAGAGAGGAGGGAAGGAGGAGGAAGAGAAGAAAAGAGACAGACACAAAACAGAUGAACAGAUAACCAGAUUAACAGAUAACCAGGUUAAUUAAAAACAGUGAACGUGUUUGACACAGAUGGAGUCUGAAGAGAACCUGCUCAACGUUUUUCUGCUGCUGCUGAUUGGAUCACACUUCACUGUGGUGGGUCCUUCUGCCCCCGAGGAGGGCUGGCAGGUGUACAGUUCAGCCCAGGACUCUGAAGGUCGAUGUGUUUGUACGGUGGUCGCUCCUCAGCAGACGGUCUGCUCCAGAGAUGCCAGAACCAAGCAGCUGAGACAGCUGCUGGAGAAGGUUCAGAAUAUGAGUCAGUCCAUCGAGGUCCUGGAUCAGAGGACUCAGAGAGAUCUGCAGUUUUUGGAAAAAAUGGAAGUUCAGCUGAAGGGUCUGGAAAACAAAUUCAAACAAGUAGAAGACGGACACGAGAGCAACAUCGCCAGACAGUACAAGUCCAUCAAAGCAAAGAUGGAGGAGUUGCGUCCUCUGAUCUUGGUCCUGGAGGCCUACAAGGAGGACGCUCUGCUGGUCCGACAGUUUAAGGAGGAGGUGGCCAAUGUUACCGAGCUGCUGGGAUCACUGCAGGAACAACUGGGAGGUCUGGACUACCAGGAGCUCCACAGUCGAGUGAUGGACCUGGAGGACCGCCUUAGGGCCUGCAUGCAGAGGCUGGCCUGUGGGAAGCUGACAGGGAUCUCUGAGCCAAUCACCAUCAAGACGUCUGGAUCGAGGUUCGGCUCGUGGAUGACCGACCCGCUCGCUCCUGCUGGAGACACGAGAGUGUGGUACAUGGAUGGUUACCAUAAUAACCGCUUUGUUAGGGAGUAUCAGUCGAUGAGCGACUUCAUGACGACAGAUAACUUCACCUCUCAUCGCCUGCCUCACCCCUGGUCUGGUACUGGUCAGGUGGUUUACAACGGAUCCAUUUACUUCAACAAGUUUCAGAGUCACACCAUCAUCAAGUUCGACUUCAGCACAUCGCUCAUCAGCCGGUCCCGGCAGCUGGACUUCGCCGGCUACAACAACAUGUACCAUUACUCGUGGGGGGGGCACUCGGACAUCGACCUCAUGGUGGACGAAGGCGGGCUCUGGGCCGUCUACGCCACCAAUCAGAACGCUGGAAACAUUGUCCUCAGCCAGUUAAACCCAAACACUCUGCAGAUCAUCCGCAGCUGGAUCACCAACCACCCGAAACGCAGCGCCGGCGAGGCAUUCAUGAUCUGUGGAACCCUGUACGUUACUAACGGCUACUCGGGUGGAACAAAAGUGUACUACGCUUACUCCACCAACUCCUCCACCUACGAGUACAUCGACAUUCCUCUGACCAAUAAAUAUAGCCACCUGUCCAUGCUGGACUACAACCCCCGAGACAGAGCGCUGUACGCCUGGAACAACGGCCACCAAGUCCUUUACAAUGUGACUCUGUACCACAUUAUACAGUAGCAUUAACGUAUCGGUUGAGGAACAUCACGGGAUAAAGACACGCUUUACAGAAACACUCAGAAUCAGAGGAUCAGAUCUGUGUCCCCAGCUAUAUUAGCCUAGCUUAGCAUAAACUGUUCCUUCAAUGGAAAUCAGGUGACUGUUGCAUGUUUUUAGUGAACCAGUCCGUCCUGUAAUCAACUGAUUUAUUUUACUGUUGAGUUCAAAGAGUUCAAAGCAACACCUGCACUCAGAGCUCAGGACGUUUGGGAUGGUUCACCAACAAAUAAUUUAACAGUUAAAGCUGCUGAAACCACAGUGUUUCCAUUUGAUAUUUACAUUUUACACCUGUAAAAUGUAACAACAUGGAACUCAGAAGGCCUCAGAUUUGUGCUAGUAGUUUCCCUUUGCUUCCAGUCUUUGUGCUAAGCUAAGCUAAACAUGUCCUGUCUUUGUACUGGAAUGUCUCCAAAGUGUUGGACUGUUAACUUUUAUCUUAGGUCUUAGUUCUUUCAUUAAAUUAACACAUUUUGGUCACCUGUUCUUUUGGUUAAUGACCAAAGUAUUUGACACAAAAGGUUUUGAAAAGUAAACACUGAUCACAAAGAAAUGAGAAAUUAUCUUUCACAAGAACAAACAGUGAAAUGUUGAAAUCAUUUCAUUGUGGAUACUGAAGAUGAGACUUUAUAUUCAGACUUACUGUUGUUACUCUGAAGUAAUAAUAAUUAUGAUAAUGUAUUUUCUUACUGUUGAGUAUUAUACAGCGAUAAAUGUCUUUUCCAAUAAUUCCCUGUUUUUAAAUCGAGUAGGGCUACCCCGACAUCUUUCUGUUCACCUUUUCAUGUGAAAUCACAUCUAACUCAAAGCAUUAUGGGAGAUGAUGUCCUGUGGGAUCACUGAGCUGAAGCCACAAGAUCAUUCUACACACUGCUGUUGGUGUGUUUGAUGUCAUGAUAUUUAAUCAGCAACUACAUGUUAGUCUUAUUUAAAAACUGUGUGUAGGAUCCACACUUAAGAGUUCAGAUUUGUAAAACCUUGUGUAUUCCUGGCAAUGCACAACUUCCUGUUCUCAAUGGUCAACACAAAGGCCUGAUGCUUCUUUAUGUGGAAUCAACUACAGAGAUGAUUGUUUUCACAAAGAAGUUGCAUGUAAAGGAAAUGUAAAUGGAUUACUCGGUUUUGGAUUUUAUCACCCAACCACGAUGUAAUGCUUGUAUUUGUUUUUAACAAAAAUAAAAUAAAGAGGCCUAGGGUUCAUACACAUUUUGACCAAUGG